AUGAAUCAGUGCAAGCACAGGUUUGAAGAUUUGGAGUCGGAUAUGCCCGUAAAGGAUUGUUGUCGACCAACCAUGCAUUGCAACGCUUGCUCCCAGCAGUUCGAUGACUACAUCAAGAACUCCAUGAGCUGCACGUUCAUUCGGCAGAACAACAGAGACAUCCGUAGGAACCCCACCAAGUUUUGCCCCAAGCCGUUGCCAGAAUACGAGAUGCUUCAGCUGACAUCGAGCUUGUUGGACAUGUUGCAGAACGAUAGGAUCUUUUCUACCGGCAAAGGAGGCGACGAGGGUCGUACUGCAAGGGCGCACGGACAGAACUCUGGGUCAGUUUUGGCGAGCAUCCGAGCCAUGGGAUUCGACCUGAUCGUCCAGCUUUUUCAAAUUUAUCAGGCCGACAUCAAAGGGGACACGCUGGCGCUGAGCCUGAGCUACUUCCAAAGGUGCCUUGUCAGUGACACCCUGCCAGCCAACUAUCAGAAGUGUGUGGAGUUUCCAGCGGCUUGCUUCUUUAUUGCAACCAAGGUUGAGGAAGUGUGUACGCCCGACAUCAGCAGACUAGCUAUCUUGACCAACACGACGGCAGCGAACCUGUUGAGAAUGGAGAAGAUUGUCUUGGAAACCCUUUCGUUUGAACUCUACCCUGUGACCGCCUCGAGAAUGAUUGGUUCGCUCUUCUCCCUGGCGCCAGACACAAUGGAUGAUGUGAGAAUGUUUGCAAAUCGGUUCAUUCAGUUGAACCCUGCUAUCUUCCUCUCGAACGCUUCUCCUGCGGUUAUCACGUCGGCGCUGCUGUGGCUCAUUCAUAGGGAAUUCGACCUGAGCUGUGAAGACUGGAGUUGGGUUCCGCCUGACUUGCUUGUCUGGAUAUCGAAGCAGAACGAGCUUGACACGUGCUCGAUGCCGGAGGAUGCUGUGCCGUGUGCAGGCAACCAGACCGUGCUCUGUGAAGUGAUUCAAGUCGCGGUGGCUCUGCACAAGAUGGUUUCCAGGCGCUCCUGA